AUGCUAGUUUGGUCAUUUUAUUUAUCACUUGCUAAAGCUUGCAGUAAGAACGAAAAUCCACCACCUGAAGAAGAAUGCCCGGACAAGGACCUUCAAGAAGAAUGCAAUAAAAACUGUCAGAUAGAACUCACUGGAUGUCGAUUGCUAUGCGAGAGUGACUACUGUCUCUCUGUUUGUGUCAAUACCAAUGACAACUGUUUGAAUGAGUGUCCAUGUGCAGAAAGAUGUCCUGACGGAUGCACCAAUUGCGAUCAUCCACUUUGCGCUGAUCCUACACCGGCUGAAACUUAUAUCAUGGUUCUUCGUUACACCUUUGCGGAUUAUUACUAUUACACAUAUGAGUCGUACGAUUCUGAACUCAUGGAAGAAGGCACUUACGACCAUCGACUCUACAAUCCUUACAUCAUCAGCGGAGAUGGUUCGAAAAUGGUCGAAGCAACUCUCGUUUGUUUUGAAUAUUCGAGUCCUUCUAUUGCCUGCAACAUCUUCGACGGAUCACAAACUACGAAAACCUAUUCAACAUCUUAUGGCCACUACUAUGGAGGCUUAGGUUUGUAUAAUGGUCAGCCGACAACCGUUGGUUCAGGACCAAACAAGAUCCUUAGGAAUGUUGAGACUUUGACGCCAACAGGAUGGAUUGAGCUCGAGGAAUAUCCAGUGGCUCAAUAUGGUCAUUCCCUGAUUGGACUCGACGAUGGUUCGAUGUUGGCUUUCGGUGGAUUUUCGAAAGAUGGAUUUUGGGAAUCUGUGUCGGAAAUAAGAAGACUCAAGGACAAUAAAUGGACUCUUGUCGGGAAUUUACUUGAAAAAACCUCGAAGGCGUCAGUACUCAAAUCUGGAUCAUCAAUUUACUUAGUUUCUGGCGAUGAUAAAAAUGCUCCGACUCAACGAAUCGACCUUGACGGAAACGAAAUCAGCAAUAUAACCGUCAUUGCUUAUCAGCCACAGGGGGCUGUUGAACGUCCAGUUCUCUUUGAAACGACAUUUGACCGAUGUGUCUGA